AUGGAGAAAUAUUUUAAAAGAAAAGCGACAGAUCAAUUGUCACCUCCUCUAAGAACAGAUGCAUUAAAUCAUGGUACUGCAAAACGUCAAUGUGGGGAAAUCAAUCUAGCUGAUCUUCCUUCAGAUCCUAGGCUACGAACUCGAAUUUUGGAUUACAAUCCUACUGUCCAAGAUCAGGUGCGCAAAGCUUAUUUGCAAAGAGGUCCUUGCCAACCUAAAAAACACAAUUUUCCUCAAAUGAAUUUUAGGAAUACAAUUCGAAGGUUUAACCCUACUUGGUUUGAUGAAUAUGCUAGUUGGUUGGAGUAUAGUAUUGAAAAAGAUGCUGCAUAUUGUCUAUAUUGUUAUCUCUUCAAACCAAACAAUGGAGAACAAGCUGGUGGUGAUUCCUUUGUGGGUGAAGGGUUUAAAAAUUGGAAGAAAAAAGAAAAGCUAAAAAUUCAUGUUGGAGGCACUUAUAGUGCACACAACCAUGCGAGGCGAAUGUGUCAAGCUCUAUUAAAUCAUAGGCAACAUGUUGAGACAUUUUUUUUCAAACAGUCACAUCAAGAUCGAAGUGAUUAUCGUAUUCAGUUAAAUGCAUCAAUUGACUGUAUUCGAUAUCUUCUACGACAAGGGAUGGCAUUUCGUGGUCAUGAUGAAUCUGAUGAUUCAAAUAACAAAGGUAACUUUCUUGAACUUUUGCAUUGGUAUUCUAAUAGAAAUGAGGAAGUGAAGAAAGUUGUACUGAAAAAUGCUCCUGCAAAUCUUAAGUUAACAUCACCCGAUAUACAAAAGGAUAUUGUGAAUGCUGCUGCAAUUGAAACUUUAAAUAAAAUUAUUGGAGAUGUUGGUAACUCAUUAUUUUCAAUUCUUAUUGACAUAUCUAGAAAAGAACAAAUGGCCAUUGUAUUGCGAUAUGUAUGCAAGGGACAUGUAAUUGAGCGAUUUGUUGGUGUUGAGCAUGUUAAUGAUACUACUACUUUGUCACUUAAGAAGGCAAUUGAUGAUUUCUUUUUGAGAAAUAAAUUGAGCAUAUCUAGGUUGCGUGGCCAAGGCUAUGAUGGUGCCAGUAAUAUGCGGGGAGAAUUCAAUGGUCUUAAAACUCAUAUUUUGAAGGAAAAUGAGUCUGCUUAUUACGUUCAUUGUUUUGCUCAUCAACUUCAAUUAGUUCUUGUGUCUGUAGCAAAGAAUCAUAUCAAAAUCGAUGAUCUUUUCACUUUGGUUUCUAAUUUGGUGAAUGUUGUUGGAGGCUCCUCUAAACGUCGUGAUUUUCUUCAAGAGAAACAAGCUAGCAAGGUUAUUGAAGCACUUGAUAGUGGAGAGAUUUCAAGUGGGAGGGGCUUAAAUCAAGAAAUCACUGUUAAACGAGCAGGUGAAACAACAUGGAGCUCUCAUUAUGGUACUUUGAUAAGUAUCAUAAAUUUAUUUCCAUCUAUAAUUGAAUUGCUGGAGGAACUUAAGGUGAAUGCAUCGAAAAUUGAUCAGAAACAUGAGGCAACCAAGUUAUUAGAUUGGCUGGAAUCAUUUGAUUUUGCAUUUAGUCUACAUCUUAUGAAAAAUUUGUUGGGAAUUACUCAUCAGUUAUCACAAGCAUUGCAAAGGAGAGAUCAAGAUAUUGUAAACGCCAUGAACUUGGUUACACUCAGCCGGUCACGACGUAGAGCUCCAAAAUUCACAAAUUUGCAUUACUAUCAAGUCGAUUUAUUUUAUGAUGUCAUAGAUAUGCAACUCCAAGAAUUAAAUAGUCGUUUUACAGAGACUAAUACUGAGUUGCUUCUUUGUAUGGCAUGUUUAAGUCCACUUGAUUCAUUCUCUGCUUUCAACAAACAAAAAUUGAUUCGCCUUGCUCAAUUUUAUCCGAAGGACUUCUCAGAGAAUGAUAUCUUAGCACUUGAGGAUGAACUUGAGACUUACAUAUUUGAUAUGAAAUCUAGUAGUGUGUUUUCAGGAUUGAAAGGAAUUAGUGAUCUUGGAGAAAAAUUGGUUGAGACAAAAAAAGAUAGGGUAUACCCAUUGGUUUUACUUGCUCGUGACACUGGCACUAAUCCUACAUGUUGCGACUGCCUCUGUGGAAAGAGCAUUUUCUGCUAUGAAUAUAUUGAAAAGUGA